AUGGCUAGCUUCUUACUCUCCCCGCCGGCUGCUGCCGGCCCUCGCUGCGCCCUCCGGAACGGUCACGGCGGCGGCAAGCGUACACACCGCCUCCUCUCAUCCCUCGACGCUGCCGCAGAUCCCUCCGCCGCCGACCGCCUCAUACGGAAGUUCGUCGCCGCCUCCUCCAAGUCCACCGCCCUCCACACCCUCUCUCGCCUCCUCUCCCUCUCCUCCCCCUUCUCCCUCCCGAUUUAUAGAAGAAUCAGCGAGGCCAUUUGGUUCAAAUGGAACCCCAAGCUCGCUGCCGCCAUGGCCGCCGUGCUCGUGAACCAGGGCCGCGCCGCCGAGGCUGAAAGCCUAAUCUCGGAAUCGGUCUCCAGGCUUAAUUCCGAUCUAGAAAUCUCCCUCUUCUACUGCGACCUCAUCGAGGCCUUCUCCGAGCGCGGAUUGAAGGACUUGGCUCUUGAUUUCUACUUUCGUUUGCGUGAAAUGCCGUGCUCUAGGAGGAAGCCCUACGAAUCGAUGAUUAAGGCCCUCUGCUUGAUGGGAUUGCCGGUUGAUGCCGAGGAGAAGCUAAAGGAGAUGGCUUUGCUAGGAUUCAGGCCUUCACCUUUUGAGUUCAGGCUGGUCUUGCAGAGCUACGGGAAGUUGGGGUCUUUCGCAGAGAUGAGAAGGGUUCUUGGGAUAAUGGAGGAUGCUGGAUUGGCCGUCGACACGAUUUGCACCAAUGUUGUUCUUUCUUGCUAUGGUGAUCAUGGGGAGCUCGCCGAAAUGGUUUCUUGGAUUAGGAAGAUGAAGAAAUUGGGUGUUGGUUUCUCAAUUCGGACAUUUAACGUUGUGUUGAAUUCAUGCCCAACAAUUAUUUCAAUAGUACAGGAUGCUAAGCAUUUUCCUCUUUCAAUUGCGGCUUUGGUCAAGAAGGUGGAGGAGGAUUCUCCGUCGCCGGAUGAAGCAUUGCUGGUUAGGGAGCUGGUUGGGUCAUCAGUUUUGGUUGACAUUUUGGAGUGGUCUCCUAAUGAAGGGAAGUUGGACUUGCAUGGGUUUCAUGUGUCUUCUGCGUAUGUGAUCUUAUUACAGUGGAUGGAGGAGCUGAGAAUGAGGUUCAGGGUGGAUGAAGUUGUUCCUCUGGAAAUCUCAGUUGUUUGUGGAUCGGGCAAGAAAAGUGAUAAAAUUGGGGAAUCUCCAGUGAAAAUGCUGGUUUCAGAGAUGAUGUUUCAGUUGAAUAGCUCAAUGAGGAUAGAUAGGAAGAAUGCUGGUCGAUUUGUAGCACAGGGAAAGGCAGUGCGGGACUGGUUAUGCUAGUAAUGAACUAUCUAACUCAAUCCAUUUGACAGCUUGUGCUACAGCGGCUUGUAGGUGCAUUAUCUUGCCCUAUAAAUCCUUGAUUUGCUUGUAAGCUAUGGCAAUUGAUUAUUCUGAUUCUUAAUCUUUCAUUUCGGACCAUUUGUUUCUGAAAUGAUGCCAUAUAUGGAUGAUGAACUAACAGUUCUUGUGAAAUGAUAUCGCAGUAGCAGAUUUAGAGAUCA